GAGCGCAGAUUACUUGGAGGGCUGAGCCUCAUCGGCAGGUCUCGUACACACUUGCAUGUGUGUGUGUGUGUGUGUGUGUGUGUGUGUGUGUAUGGAGCUUAAACUUUAGAAGCACUCACACUCUCUUCCCUCAUUCUCUUCCUUCUCCCGCUCUCCUAAUUCUCCUCUCCCCUCCUCCAGAACACCUUUGGGUGGUUUUCUUUGCUUUCAUUCUUUCCCUUUCCCUCUCCAGCCUCACAAGCUUUCUUUGCUUCUCUGUCAGACUUAAAGUUGGGGGAUAGCCUGAGACCUGAAUGUGGACGGGGCGAGAUGCUGCUGAUGCUCUAGCUGCUCAAGCUCCAUGCCUCCUUCAGAGUCCACGAAAGAAAACAAGACUUUAAGUGAGGCGGAGAGCAACUUCAUUCCGUAAACUGUUUCCAUCACCAGGCACUUGCUUUUCUGAAGGUCUGGAGCUCUUUUUAAAUUUUUUUAAACGGCACAAUGUGGACCAAGUUGUGCCAACUUCUUGCACAGUUGCUUCUCCUGGAAGUGUUGCUCUCUGUGGUGGACAGUAAAGGAACUCUGUAUGGAGGCCACAUCAAUCCUUUCUAUGGAAACAGAUACAACCUCUACAAGGCCGGACUCAGCCCUCACCACUCACCAAACAAACCCAUGACCCGUCACAAAAACCACUGCGCCUACAUGGUCCAGAGAAACAUCACAUGCAUCAUGCAGGAUGGAGUGGAAACCUACGUGAAGGCAGAAUAUACCACAAAGUGCAUCUGGGGCCAGAAAUGUCCUGUUGUCAUGUACAGAACAUUUUUUAUGCCCAAGUACAAAGUAGGAUUUAAAACUGUGACAGAGCUCGAGUGGAGAUGUUGUCCCGGGUUCUCUGGAGAAGCAUGCCACGAUGGGCCGACAUCACUACCUGACAUCAUAGGUCCAAGUUUACCCCAUCGUCCAGGAAUCAAAGGCUUCCCCCAUGGCCCACGAGCCCCUGUGGACCAGAAGCCUGAAGGAGGUCAGCUAGAGCCUGGCAAACCUUUCCCUGAUGUUCCGACUGGACAGCUGCUUCCUGGGAGAGGAAAACCUAACUACGGAAACAAAUUCAGCACCACAGGUGUCACAGGUGAACGUUUGGACCGCAUGGAGGAGGACCUGCGCCGCCUCACUCAGAGUCUCGACACCCUGAACGGGGUGGUAGUCGGUCUGGAGGACCGACUGCGUACAUCUCUCCGAGAAGACACCAAUAAAAUUCUUGUGUCACUUCUGCCCAACACUCCACGGGUGCACGACGCCACAGUGGGAUUUGGUGUGAUCCCAAAUGGGACCCCUGAUGGUCUGGAAGGAGGAGAGACCUACCCUGGAUUUGGAAACUUAGAAGGAAGAGUGACAGAAGUGAGGGAUGAGCUGCGAGCCAAAACACACAUUCUGGAGGAGAUUCAGGGAAUGGUCCUAGGACAUGAUGGCCAGCUGAAGAAGCUGUUGGAGAAAGCCACGGGUAAACCCAUCCAUGAACUUGACUCUGUCUCUGUUCUGGAGGAAAUCUUGGACGCUAGGCUAGCUCGAGUGAGAGCUGACAUCCUGGAUGGUUUUGAACAACGUCUGAUUGGCCUGGAGAACAACUGUGAUGCGAAGAUUGGGGAGGUGAAGAGGCAGUGCCACAGGGAGCACAUGGAUGGUCAGGAAAAGAUGCAGCAGUCUCUGGAUGGCAGAGAAACUGGGAUCAGAGAGGAUUUGGGUUCUCUCCAAGCUCAGAUUCAGGGCCUAACUCUCACUGAGAGCUGCUGUGGACAGGUGAACAGCUUGUCUCAGCGCAUGCUGCUGCUGGAGGAGGCGGUGAAAGAUUUGACAGAAUCUCAGAGCCAGCUUCAGACAGACCUCACCGGACAAUGCAUCCAAAUAGAGACCCUAAUCGAGACCCGGUUGGCGGACAUUGAGGGCAGACUCAAUGCUACCUUUGGUGGACCAGAUGGAGUUGAUGGGCUUCCUGGUAUUCUUGAUGGCUUUAGGACUGUGCUGGAAGACAAGCUUAAGACCUUGGAGGAGAGAGUGUUUGUUGCUGUAGAGGAACUAAGUAAUGCCACCAGUCCGGCUCUUCUGGAGGGUCAAGUGGUCCCUGCACUGGAGACAGAGAUCGAGUCUGUGAGGAGAAGAGUGGAAGGAGACCUGGGUGGAAUUCAGAAGCAGCUGAUUGAUCUAGAGCUACUUUGCACCUCCUCUUGUGCACCAUCCACCCCACCAGAAGGGGGUAUUGAGGGUACUGCAGUAGAAGAAGAGUGCAAGGGAAUGGGAAAGAAGAUGACGGACCGUCUAGACUCCCACUCUGAUCAGCUGGAACACCUAAACAACACCUUGCACAACCUGCUACUCCGGAUUGCUCAGGAGGACACAGAGGGCACCGUCCAGGGAGAGAUCACGCUGUUAAAGGUCAACAUCAACUCUGUGAAUCGCACCCUGAAGGGCCUAAAGGACUCGAUCACUUUUAUUGCAACUGAAGUAGGUCAUGCUAACUCAUCAUGGGAGCAUAGAGAGCAUCAGCUGGUCAACCAGGUGCAGGGAAUCACCAAACUCAUGGGUCAUCAGGCCUCCCUUCUUGGAGCUGGUGAGAGGCGGCUGAUACAGCUGAAGGGAGAGCUGGCGGCCUUAAAGAGGCAGUUGUCAGGAGGGCUGCAGGGCUGCCGCAGCACGGCGCUGGAGGUGCACAAAGAGGUGAAGGAUGUUGGCAGCAGGGUGAGCCAAGUGGAGGGCCAGUGCAGCAGCCUGGGGCAGCUGGCAGAACACCUGGAGAGGAUCAGGGCAGAGCUGGAGAGGCACUCUGACUCCUACCUGGCCCAGAUGAAUGGGACCCUGGCCAUCCAUUCAGAGCAGCUAGCUGAGCUGAAAGGAGAGAUCAAAGACUGCGCAGCCAAAGAAGCCACCGACCAAAAGGAGACAAGUAGCAACUGAGCUGCAGGUUUUGAAAGAAAGACUCUCUGUAUGUGUUUUUAAUUAGUCUCAAGUGUCUUCCUCUGCUUCUGUCCUCUCCUCCCAAACCAUGUCUGCACAGAUACAAAUGAACUCAAAUGUAAAAGUGAUCCCCCUUAACGUUCUUGGCCCAGUGCCUCCAGUUGUGCUGGGGAUCUACUUAGCUGGUUUGAACCGAGGCAGAAGAAAGGGGCACGUAUGUGGAUGUAGAGCUUGUCAAUAGUUCCCUGAAGUAUUCUAUAGGGCAUUUUUUAUUAUAAUUGUUAAGUCAUUUUAACUUUUUUAACUUAUAUGAAGUGACUGCAUUGUUUUGGUGUAAAAAUACAUUUGUUUUGGGAUUGAUAACGAAUCAAAAUGCUGCUACGGGUUUCUGCUGACUCGCCAUCAUUUGUGUGGACACUAGUCUCUUCCAUUUAACAAAAUACUGUAUAUGUCGACCUGGUGCUAUCUACAUUUUUGUAAAUCUCUGUUUUACACACGUUUCAGAUCAGCUUACUUAGAUCUGCUUAUACGAUUGUUUGUAUUUCUUACUUUUCUAAGUCUCAAACAAGCUCCAUGCUUCACCACGAGGAGACGGUGGAAACACAUUACGUGGCAUGGAAGAAGAAAGAGAAAUAAAAUCUCAAGACUGAGGCUAAGAAAGAAAA